AUGAUCACACCAUUCUUCACGGUCUCCCAAGACGACGAGUAUGUCUACAUUGACGUCAAGGUAUCGCAUGUGCGGUUUUCGUCCGCCAGUGUGGAAAUGGUCGUGGACAACGACACCUUCAUCUUCAGCAUGGCUCCAUACUACUUGAGGCUCAGAUUCCCCCAUGCUUGCGUCGACGACGAGCGAGCCUCUGCCAGCUUCGAUUCGCCCAGCGAAUGCGUCAAGAUCAAAGUUCCAAAGGAGCAAAAAGGUCAGUUUUUCCCCGAUUUGGACUUGAGUACCAAACUUUUAGCCAGAAGAACAGCACUCAGUGAGGCUGACCUCCACGAGCAGGGUGCCAAAGUGGCCGAAACUCAGCCUGGAGGUUCCCGUCCGCUCAUCCAAGAGCUUGAUGUCGAAAAUAGCGUUCCAGACACCCAGGCAAAAGCGGUGUUGGAAGAAGGAGAGAAGUUCAGCUGGGAAAUAUCGCAAGAACAAACGCAAGAACAGCCAGAAUUGACUGGAAACAAGUACGGCUUCAACAAUCAGUACGACAACAUCGUGGGAGUGUCACUCUCGGCCGGUAACGAUAUCAACGAGCUCGGAGACCCCGAAUCCACUCCAGACGUAGACAGGAUCUUGGAGCGAUUGAUCAAGGAGAACAUCAAGUUCGAUCCCGAGUUCUACGCCGCAGACUACAUCAUGGAGAAGUACCCCAGUCCCGACGACGACAAGAUGAUCCGCGAGCUCAUUGAGUGGAAGAACCCAACCACUCGGAAAUUCUUGAAAUGGUACAAGGCCCAGCAAGAAAAGCCAGAGAACGAGCGAGAGCAGAUCAUGGCUGUCGAGUUCUCCAAGGAUGAGCAGGAGAAAAUGAUGAAUCUUCCCAGAAAGUCGUACUUGAUCGACGAGUCCUACAAACCACAGUUGUUGAUCCUCUUGGUUAACCUCUUGUUCUCGUACCAUUUCGACCUCAGAGAGACAGAAGGUGACCACAACAUCGAGAGUGCAUGGACAGUGGGCAAAAUCACCCCUCAAAUAUGUUUUCUCGACUCCAAAAUAUCUAUCCCCAAUCCCAACAACGCUGAUAAUGUGUUGAAGUCUGCAGUUGUGACGGGCGUGAGAAGAGCCUUAUCGUAUCCGCUCCACAGAAACUACAAUAUGGUGCUCAAGGUGUGGGAAGACGUCUACUAUAACCUCAGAGGCGGCAAGAGACUCGUGCUAAAGUCGUUGCUCGACUUGAAGGAGUUGUUCCGUUUCCACGACGUCUACUACGUGUACGACAAGAUCUGGCUCGAGGACUUGUGUGCCUGGUUGAUCAGCGAUGGGCUCUCGGAGGCUACCAUCCGGUACUUGGCCCAUGACUUACGGAAGGAGUACACCUCGUUGCAGAAGGCAGACAUCACGUUUGAGAAGGUUGAUGGAUCAGGCGAAGAUGACGAGAUGACUGCGUUGGACUUGAAUGACAUCGAGGUGAUGGCUGAAGAGCUGUACCAUGCGUACGCUGCCAGCUAA